UUGACUGUAUUUAUUCGGUUGAUUUAAGUUUGAACUUAUUUAUCAACAAGUUUCUUACUGUUUUAUUUGUGAUUUUUUAUACAUUUUGUUUUUACUCAAAUUUAUUUAUUUUUUCUGUGUUCUGAUUAAUAUGUUUUCAACUGAGCCAAUUACUCCGUCUGAAAGUUCAGAGUUUAGUGAUGCAAUCGCAAAAUAUGACCAAGAACCUCCAUCCACAAAUGUCUAUUAUUUUGGUUAUGCAAAAGAAUACUUUCCAUCAUGUCGUGCCUGUGUCUUGGGCCAAACUGACAAACAGAUUGAUAAAAGGUUGAAUGAUAAACUAAUUUCUGGUUCCGAUUUCCGUGCUAAUGAUUUUGAGGAUUAUAUACACUCACAUGAUGCUGUUGAUGUUAUUGAUGUUAUAGAUGAAGAUGAACCCAAUUCUAAACGACUACGGCUUCGAAGUAAUGGUUCAACCUUUGGUCCUGUCUCUAAGAAAAUGUUUAUAGAUGCAAUGGAAGUUGACCAGAUUACUGAUAUAAGUCUAAACCAUUCACCAAUUGCUUCUUUUGAUCAUUCUAUGUGGUUAUUGAUGAAAAAUGUUGCUCAUCUUUCACUUGUUGGCUGCCAUUUAGAGAUUGUUCCAGAUGAACUCAAGCUUUUUACAAAUUUGCAAUCUCUUAAUUUGGGUUAUAAUCAGAUUCGGUCAAUACCUGAAUGGCUUGGCUCUUUAUCUCAUCUGAAAUCACUGAGUUUGGACGGUAAUCGGUUGACAAGUCUACCCGAUACAAUUUGUGAUUUAAUCCAUCUCGAAUAUUUAACCAUUGGAACCAAUGAGAUAUCAUAUUUACCUGAGAAAUUCGGUCGAUUGACAAAACUUAAAACUUUCGACGCUUCUUUCAACAAACUUAACGAAAUACCUGAUUCUUUUGGCUCUCUUAACUCCUUGGAAAUUAUUGAACUGGGAAGAAAUCAGAUUGAAAAGAUGCCCAAAUCUCUGGCUGGACUAUCUAAUUUAAUUAUUCUUGAUUUUUCGGACAACAAUCUAGAAAAAUUACCAAAUUCUGUUGGAUUCAGCGGUACAAUAAAAAAUAUCCACCUCGACAAUAACAGUUUGUAUGAACUCCCCGAAUGGUUCAAUGAUCUGCCCAAUCUUGUUAAAUUUACCUGCAAAUGUAACAAACUGCAAGGGGAAGCUCUUUCUCCAAAUUUCCUUAUGAAUAGCAAAAAUUUGCAAGAGAUUAACUUCAAUGGAAAUUUAAUCAACACUUUGCCGGAAACUUUCUCCUCAUUUGAGAAACUUGUAUUCCUUGAGUUGGGUAGUCCACUAAUGUUUCCCGAAAGGAGGCCUGACUUGAAGAAUGGCAAUCGUUUAAGGACUCUUCCUGUUCAAUUUGGAUUGUAUUUGAGCAAUUUAAUGGAGUUGCGAAUAGAUGAGAAUGAUUUGGACAGUUUACCUGAACAUUUUGGCAUUGGUUUAAUUAAUUUACGAAAGCUCAAUCUUUAUCACAACAAUUUAACACAGCUUCCAGACUCUAUAUGCUCUAUGAAAAAUCUCGAAGAGUGCAUCUUAUCUUAUAACGGGCUGAAAGAACUGCCAGAAAACUUGGGUGAUCUCGUAAAUUUAAAGCUACUGAGGCUUGACUGUAAUGAGCUUGAUAAACUUCCACAUUCGUUCUCAAAACUAUGCAAUUUGACCCAUUUGGAUUUAUAUGGAAACAAAUUCAAUCAUUAUCCAGAGAUACUUUUAAAAUUAGAAAAGAUUAAAUAUAUUGGAAUGCAAGCUGGAGAUUUUGAGUCGGAUGAAGGUUUGACUGAAGCUGAUGGUCAAACAAUGGAUACUAAAUGUGAACAAAAUUUUCCCGAAAACUACGCUAAUACGGAUAUAACUUGGUAAACUGAAAUUCGGGUUAAAAUUUUGAUUGUUGAAUCAAGCUGUCUUGUGGACUUGAAUUUCUAAUUUGUGGUUAGUGAUGAAAAUACAGCAUUUGUAAACGCAAUGAUUUCCAAAAUUCAUGUUUAAUUUACAAAAGGGCAAUUUUGAAAAAUCUGUGAAAAUGCAAGUACAUUAAGAGCCACCUCUUAACCAACAUCAUGAUUAUUUAAUUCAGCUGAAAUGUAAAUUUUGUUAUCUACAAUUCAACAUAAAUUGGUAUCUUUAAUUCUAAUGUAAUAGGCAAGAAAGCGAAGAGAAAUAUUUAAAUAUAUUUUCGUCAAACGUAA